AUGCCUUCUCUCAUGGCCUCGGUUCACAUUGCCCAAGUCAUCUUGGUACUUAGCGUCCUCGGAGUCGCCGUCGUCAAUAGAUUUGUGAUCGAAAACCCACCACCAGGCCGAGCAGGAAUAAUGGUUUUCGGUAUUGCAGGGAAAUCUCUCAUCAUCAUCGCAUACCAAGUGCUCUCGAAGAAAUACCACAAAUGGUUCAGUCUAAGGGCCAACAUAAUCCUGAACUGUCUUGAGGUCAUCUUCUGGGCUGCAGUGGUUUUCAUGAGCAUCCAAGCGAACAUGCAGUUUUGCAAUGGUAUCCACUGCACGCUGAACUGGAUCAUGAGUUUUCUUGGUGGCAUUACAGCUACUGUUACUGGAUUCGCUACUAUUAUUUCCAUUCGACUUUUCCGAGCUGCGAAGGCUGCGAAGAGAGGAUACAUCAAUCACAAAGGGGGUUAUGAGAUGUCUGUUUAG